CACCUGCUUCUCCAGAUUCAAAGAACUAUACGUGUUUGCCGACAAAACUGAAUUAGAGCAGCUGCUGACUCUCUGAAGGGCAGAAAGGCCUUGCAGAGAUCUUGGCAAAUUGGAGGGCUGGGCAGUCACCAAGUAUGUUGGUGGUGCAGCAGAUAAGAUUAAUUUGAUACCUCAAGACUUCUUUGCAGAAUUAUGUGAGCAGAUAAUGCAACAUCUGAACCAUAAGAUCCCAGGUGUAAAUACAGUUGAACUGUGUCAGAGGCUGCGAACAUCUGGGAUUGAGGUUAAUGUUGGUGACCUGGCAAAAAUAACUAACACUGUGUCCUUUUUGUUUAGCACAGCAGCCAGGAACAAUCUCUCUACAGAGGAGCUCAUCACUGCCUUGGGCAGCACAGUCAACACACUGCCUAAGCAUGCAAUCCAGGUUAUUCGGCAUGUAUGGAAUGAGCAGGGCAAAUCUGUUAGUGUGUCAGAAGAUAAAGGAAAUAUGACCACGGUGGGCCAGUUUGUAGAUAUUAAAUGGAAACUGGGAGUUGCAAUGAGCUCUGACACCUGCAGGUCUCUGAAGUAUCCGUAUGUUAUGGUGACACUAAAAGUAGCAGACCCCUCAGGACAAAUAACCAACAAAUGCUUUGAAAUGACAGUCCCACAGUUCAAGAACUUCUUCAGACAGUUCAAGGAAAUGGCAGCUGUUCUUGAAACAGUUUGAACAGAACUGUUAUUUAUACUGAAAUUUCUAACAGACUUGUAUCUGGUAAACUUGCUGUUCUGAAGAGGGCACAUAGUGCCAUUGUUCAGCAAGGUAUGUAUCCUUAGCCUGUUGACAGAUAUUUGUCAUGGUCAUUCUUAUGUAGCUGUAAAGAUUUUUUUGCUUUUGAAUAUUUGAAGCCAAUUCUGUUUGUGAAAGUGGUCAACUUGGUUCAUCCUGAUAAGCAAAAGAUCAGGUUCUGCACAGAAAAGUGUCAGUGUAGACUUUAUACUCUCUGAGAGUGAAAAACUAUAUUUAAGAAACUACACAUUUAGCUCUGGAAUACAGAAAGAUGUGAAAAUGUUAAUUUGACUGAGGAGAUGCUAAGAGAAGUGUAAAUCCCACCUUAGCACUUCGGUCUGUAAAAUUGAGAUGUGAUUGGAGCCAACAGUAAUAUUAACUGUAUGUAGUAUAUGAAAUUACAUAUGACAAGUGUAGGAUUAUUCUUGAAGAACAGCACUGUCAAGUAGUCGGUUGCAGAUGUUUGUAGACCAGGCUUUCAGUUUACUUUUAAAUGGAACAUACACUUGCACUAAUGGCCUUGUUGUUUUGAAUACUUAUUUCUCAUCACCAAGAUUUCUGAAAAUUAAAUUUCCCUGGAAGCCUAUUUUUUUUUCCUCUGAAAUGAAGCCUGGAGGUUAGUUUUAAAUAUAGGAAGAAAGUUGAAUUUAAUUCCGGAGCAUUUUUAAUGUGUUUUUGCUUUGUAUUUAAUCCAGCUCUAAUCUGUGGCAUUCUGCUUGAUGUUUUUCUUAGCAGUCUGCUUUCUGAUUAAAUUAAAAUAUUGAUGUGGCUGCCUCACUCUGUGCUCUGAACCAGAAAAACUGCGAAGAGGCUUAAAAGUUCAAGCUAGUGCAUUAGUCAUACACAUCAGAGAAGUGGCUGUGCUGAAAGUCAGCAAGAUCUCUUUGCUUGUGGUGGUGUUUGGCAGGAGUCUGGUAGACUGUGUUGCUUUCUCACUCUCAGAAAAUGUACUAACCAGUAAAAUUUUGGCUUUGAUUCUGAAGGCGAAUAGGUACGUUUUCAAAGGGAGAGUGAUAAAUGUAGUGCAUUUGCAUUUCAUUUUAUCUUGUGUUUAACCUUUAAAACUAGAAAUAUAGCAGGGUCUUUAAAAAACGUUACUGUUGCAUUUCAAGACUGGUUGGUGAUGUAGUAAGGCAGAUAAAUCUGAAGAGAGGCACUUCACACGGAUAAGCUGCUGGAAUUUAUGCUGUAGCUUCAGACUAAGAAGAAGUGUUGGUGGGACGGAUCCUUAAGUAAGAAUGUCUGCCUUUCUAAUGCACGUAGUUUAUUAGCUUUUCUUAGAAGCUGGCUGAGUAUUGGUGUUGCAAGUUUUGCUUGCCUGUGUCUCAUGAAUAUAGACUGCAACACAGAGCAGACUACAAUCCUUCCUAUAGAGAUACACCCCCACUGUACAAGCAUUAUGCAUAGUACAUAACAACAGUGCUUGGAGUUACUUAGAUCUCAAUUAAAUGAGUUGUUGUUGUCUUUAACAAAAGGCAGUAGAAAUUUUGGCCAUCAAUCCUUCCUUUGUGCUGCAGAAAUCAAAACUGUUUGCCUCAUAGCUGAGGAAAGCAGAGUGUUGUUCUAUUGACCCUGUCGGUAGAGUGCCACAGGAUGGCAAACUGGAAGUCUUUUCCUGAGACAUCUUCCCUUAUAAUAAGGUUUGAACGUGGUGCAAAGAAUCAUCUCUGUGUAAGAAAAAGUGAUGUGAACAGCUAAUGUUUUUCAUUGUUUACUUUUUUUGAAGUUGAAAUGUAGGACUUCUGUAAGCAGAAAAUGUUACUAUGCCAUGGCCUAGUGAAUUAAUUGGUUUUGAUCACUGUAAGAGUUCCAGAACUUUUUGUUGUUUUGUUUAUUUUGUAAAGCUGGAGCGUUUCUAAUACUUCCAUUUGUUCAGUGCACUUAAGUUCUUCCUGCAGCUAGGAAUAUUUGUGCCUUCUUUAGAACUGGAUGGCAGAUUUAGUUAAUAAUGUCUUAGCUUUUAGAAACAGCAAUUUAGUACAUUCUGAAAAGGUAAUCUGUUCCAGAAGUACUAAUGAAUGUUUUUGAAGCAUCGCUGCGCUCUUAUCAAGCUGGGUGGAGGUUGUCUAGGCAUGUGUGGCACACCAGCACAACUGUCUGAGAAUUGUGAGGUUUUUGUGGACACCUAGGAGAUUUGAUAAAAAGCUGGCUCUCUACUCGAACUUUGAGGUUUGUCCUGAUCAGUAUCAGUAGCAAUUCCUAUACUGAGUAAUGGAAGAAUUACGUAUUUUAUUAAAAAAAAAAAAAAAGAACACUGCAGGGUAGCAAUAUGAAUGUGUUCAAACAAGCUCUUGAAUUGUUUGCUGAUACGUGAAGGAGCCAGACAUUUUCAAUGAGAAUCGGAUGUUCCUGAUGCGUUCCUAAUCCUACUUGUUGAUUGAUACAAAAUUAUGUAACACAAAUGUUUUUAAGUUCAAAAACAUUCAUUAAACAUGGAAGUAACAAAUA